UAUUAGCUGCAAGUAGUAGUGUUUAAAUAAAAAAAACUUACAUUCACGUUACAAUACACAAUAUACCGGAUAUGACAAAUCCACAAAAAGCUGCACAGCUCAGAUGGUUAUUAUGUUGUCACGUGAAACACUCCAACAGGAAAUCCAACGUGCUUCCGCAUAGAGAAACUUCCACAUGUUCCGUCAGCUAGCUGAAAGCUAACUCAUUAAGAACUGUGUUUAUUUUUCGUCAUCCUUUAUAUCAGUAAGAUGAGUCCUCUGUGUGGCUGCUGCGGCGAGCACAUUAAUAAACUGACUCAGCAGGUUUCUGUGAUGAGAAAAGAAAUCAAGAACCUGAGACAGAUGUUGGACAGUGCAGUCAGAGCUCAUCGCAAACAUAUGACAUCCAUUCAGUCUGCAGUGUCAAAGGUUGGACUCUGUGAACCCGAUAAAGACCAGACACCACCCCCGCCUUCCCCAGCAUCAUCACAGGCUGCAUUAGAGCAAGGAAACAUCCAGACAGUCCCGAUUGGUCACAUUAGGUCCUGUUUCUCUGUGAAGAAUGGGACGCCCAGACAGCCCACCAUCUGUGGCCCCUCAAGGGCAGAACUGCGCAUCCAGCAGAGUGUCUUUAAUAACCCUGCGCAUGCCCUGGUGGGCCUGGAGCAGUACUCCCAUGUCUGGAUAAUUUUUCUCUUUCACAAAAAUGGGCACCUGAGUUACAAAGCCAAAGUGAAGCCACCUAGACUCAACGGUCAAAGGAUUGGUGUGUACUCGACACGCAGUCCGCACCGACCAAAUGCCUUGGGCCUAACUCUAGCUAAACUUGAUAAAAUUGUGGGUGAUACAAUACAUCUGUCAGACAUUGACAUGAUUGCUGGCACCCCAGUCCUGGAUGUCAAGCCCUACAUCCCAGAGUACGACUCCCCCCACACCAGGAUGGGCAUGGACUCAGAGCCUUAUGAUUCAAACACAGACCAACCACAGGCAACUAAAGUGUCACUAAAUGAAACAACAGAUAUAUUAAACCUCCAUAAAGACUCAGAAACAGAUGCUAGGUCAGACCUAAAAAGUGAAAGACCUGAAGAUGAUAACUUGGGGAGUCUCCUCUCAAGACACACAUCUGAAGCUGAUAUUCCAGUCACAGAUUCAUCUAGAGUCAGUGCUCAGUUUUCCAUCCCCAGAAACCUACACAAUGUGCUGGAGGAAGUCGAGGCCUAUGUGACCCAAGGUGACCUUUGCCAGCUGAGUUGUGAAAACGAGGAUCAAGUUUCACACUCUCCCAAAACCACACCACCAGUGUUGAUGGUGGACCGCCCUUGCUAUGGAGAGGAGGCUUAUAGCACCAUUGCUGGCUGGAUCAGAGAGCCUCCUGUUGGCAGUCUGGAGGUGCGCUUCACCCCUCAUGCUGAGAGGGAGUUAGCGGAAUUCCUUCCCACACACUCAGGACCCUCUGAAAGUGACAGACCCAGGUUCAAGUUUCUGUGCAGUCCAGAGGAGGCUGCUGCCGCCAUCAGAGGGGUGCUGGCAGCAGACCCACGGUCAGUCUACAGGAGGACACGCUGCAGAGACAAACUCUUCUUCUUUACCCUGGACACGGCUGACAUCACCUGCUGGUUUGGACGAGGCUUUGCGGAGGUACUGCAGGUCCGACCUGUCGAGCAACACAUUGCCUCAAUGUGAGAAACCCUUUCAGUGAAAGGUUCAGAGCUGGAAAGACUUUUAAUGUGUGUAGAGAAACAAAAACAGAGCCGGACAAAUGUUCCUCACCACGACAUUUCCCGUUAAUUUCUCUACUGACAAAUGUGUUUUUCAGUGGUAAGAUAGACUUUCUUAAAAUUAGACAUAUGAAAGACGAGGUACAUUUACUUUUGUAUAGGCAGAUUAAAUAAAAUUGAUUUUGGAAACAAA